AUGGCCCACAUGAAGGUUUUCAUUUCCACACAUAUGUUACUGUUGAAAUUUCCUACGCCCCAUGGCACGGACACGGUGCGCGGCGAUCAACUUGGCGCCCGAAGCUGCUAUGCUUCGGCAGUAAAGUCUACCAAUCGCCAACAUAGGGGUGAGGCCCUAGCGGUAACCCAGGCCCCAGCCCCACCUCGAGCUGGCAUUGAGCGCCCAGAAGACCCUAGGGAGGAAUCUGCCACCCAACAGGCCGAACCUGUGGAGGACCUCCAACUGGUCACCUCUCUCUCACAAGAGCUUCGCUCUGAUCUUAUUGCCUUCCUCUGCCUCAACUCUGAAGUCUUUGCUUGGUCUUACAAUGAUAUGUCGGGCAUAUCACCUGACGUCAUCUCCCAUAGGCUAAGCAUUAAUCCUGCCGUCCGACCCGUUCGGCAGAAGCGUCGUGCUUAUGACCCAGAGCGGUAUGAGGCCAUGAAGGCGGAGGUGGAUAAGCUGAGCACCAUUGGAUUCAUCAAAGAGGUGGAUUAUCCCACCUGGCUAGCCAAUGUGGUAAUGCUAGUUGACGCCACAGCUGGCCACGCCUUCCUCAGCUUCAUAGAUGCUUACUCAGGGUACAACCAGAUCUUCAUGCACCCUGAGGACCAAGCUCAUACAUCCUUCAUCACUGACCGUGGCCUUUACUGCUACAAAGUCAUGCCUUUCGGCCUCAAGAACGCUGGGGCUACGUAUCAGCGUUUGGUGAACAACAUCUUCGCUCCACUAAUUGGCAACACUAUGGAGGUUUAUGUUGAUGACAUGCUAGUCAACAGUCGCCCUGCUGACCAGCACAUCCCUAACCUCUCUGCCAUGUUCACCAUUUUGAAGUAG